AUGUCGUGGCAACCGGCCCCGGAGUCGUUGAGCCAGCUUGCGGCAUGUCUCAAAGACUCCCUUAGCGGAUUCGACAAGAAUGCCCAAAAGCAGGCUGAGCAGAUGCUUCAGCAAGCUAAAGCUUCGCCUGAUAUCAACAACUAUCUAGCAUACAUCCUCUCUAGCCCCCAGAGCCCCGAGGGCUUGCAAUGCAGCGAGCAAGAUUAUCAUCUCGUUCGAUCGGCCGCGGGUAUCAUGCUGAAGAACAAUGUCAAGACAGAGUGGAAGUCGAUACCUGAGUCCAGCUUACAACUCAUCAAGCUCGCCGUCCCCAUGUGCUUGCAGGACAAGAAUUCACAGAUUCGAAAUUUUGCCGGAAACAUUGCUACCGAGAUGAUUAGAAAAGGUGGCUUGUUGGCGUGGCCAGAGCUGCUUCCUCAGCUCCUCGACAUGAUCUCCAACGAAAAUGGCCAGUUUUCCAACGAAGCUCAAGAAGGUGCAAUGUCUGCCAUGGCCAAAAUCUGCGAAGAUAACUUCAAACUUCUUACCAAAGAGAUCAACGGCCAACGACCACUGAACUAUGUCCUUCCUAAGCUGAUUGCUGCAACCAAGAGCCCCCUCCCAAAGGUUCGCGCCGGAGCGCUGACCGCAAUCAACGUCUUUACGCCGAGAUCAUCACAGGCAAUGAUGAAUAGUGUCGACGACCUGCUGCAACACCUCUUCAUUCUGUCCGCAGAUGACAACACCGAUGUCCGCCGACAAGUGUGCCGGGCUUUUGUUCACCUCGUUGAAACCCGACCCGACAAGCUACAGCCUCACAUUACCGGAUUGGUAGACUACAUUAUCAACCAGCAAAAGAGCGACGAUGAAGAUCUAGCGUGUGAAGCUGCCGAGUUCUGGCUGGCUGUCGGUGAACACGAUGAACUCUGGGGCUCCCUGCAGCCGUAUCUCAACAAAAUUAUCCCAGUCUUACUGCAGUGCAUGGUAUACAGUGGGGAGGACAUCGCCCUUCUUGGUGGUCUUUCAGACGACGAGGAUGAAGAAGACCGAGAGGAAGACAUCCAGCCGGUUUUCGCCAAGAAAGCUUCAGCAAGGACUGCAAACGGCGAAGGAAACCUUUCGGCCGACCCCAACCAGAAUGGCGGCGCCUACGAGAAGCUUGCCCGCAUGGACGAGGGCCUGGAGGAGGGUGAGGUUGACGAUUUCGACGAUGGGGACGAUGCGAACCCCGACGAGAGAUGGACUGUCAGAAAGUGCUCAGCGGCGGCACUUGACGUCUUCGCCCGCGACUUUGGCGGGCCUGUUUUCGAAGCCAUUUUCCCGUAUCUCUCUCAAAACCUCAAGCACGAUGAGUGGCCCUACCGAGAGGCCGCCGUCCUGGCGCUCGGUGCGGUAGCCGAUGGCUGCAUGGAUACUGUUACUCCUCACCUCCCUGAGCUGGUGCCGUAUUUGAUCUCUCUUCUUGAAGAUCAAGAGCCGGUUGUCAGGCAAAUCACUUGCUGGGCUCUGGGACGAUAUUCAUCUUGGGCAGCUAACCUCUCUGAACAGUCUCAACGAGAGCAGUUUUUCCUGCCAAUGAUGGACGGUAUCCUCCGCAAGAUGUUGGAUAAGAACAAGAAGGUCCAGGAAGCAGGUGCCUCAGCAUUCGCGAACCUGGAGGAGAAGGCUGGCAAAAGGCUGGAGCCAUACUGCGGCCCCAUUAUCCAGCAGUUUGUUCUGUGCUUUGGCAAAUACAAGGAUCGCAACAUGUAUAUCCUUUACGACUGUGUUCAGACGCUGGCCGAGCGUCUGGGCCCCUUCAUUGCCAAGCCUGAAUUGGUUAAUCAGCUGAUGCCAGCGCUGAUUGAGAGAUACAAUACUGUCUCUGAUCAGUCUCGUGAACUCUUCCCGCUCCUAGAGUGUCUCUCCUAUGUCGCAUUGGCUCUUGGUCAGGCUUUUACUCCCUAUGCGCAUACAAUCUUCUUACGAUGCAUCAACAUUAUCCAUACGAACCUUGAACAGGGUAUCAACGCCAACACUAGCGACGCCGUGGAUCAGCCUGAUAAAGAUUUCCUCAUCACAAGCCUUGACCUCCUAAGCGCCAUUAUCCAAGCGCUCGAAGACGAAAAGUCAAUCGAACUGGUCAAGAGCUCGCCACAUCCCUUCUUUGAGCUCCUCAGCUUCUGUAUGGAGGAUCCCACGGACGAGGUGCGACAAUCUGCGUACGCUUUACUCGGUGACUGCGCCAAGUACGUCUUCCCGGAGCUUCAGCAAUACGUCCCCACCGUCCUCCCCAUAUUGUUGAGGCAAUUGGAUAUGGAUAGUAUACUCGAUGAGGAAAUUGAAAGCGGGUUUGGCAUCAUCAACAAUGCCUGCUGGUCGGCUGGCGAAAUUGCCAUGCAGAAUCUCAAGGGUAUGCAACCUUGGGUACCGGAGCUCCUUCAGCGCUUUGUAGAGAUCAUGACCAAUCCUGGUGUACCCAAGGGGCUUACCGAGAAUGCUGCGAUUGCCCUAGGACGCCUUGGUCUAGGUAAUGCAGAGCAACUGGCACCUGCACUACCGAAGUUUGCGGAAGAAUUCUUGGUUGCGAUGCAAGAGGUCGAUCCUACAGAGGAAAAGGCCACAGCAUUUAAGGGGUUUACAUUGAUUGUAGGACAGAAUCCCCAGGCACUAGAGAAGGUUCUGUUGAACUUUUUUGUUGCAAUUGCGCGAUACCAAGACAUGAACUUGCGGAACCCCAUCAAGCAAGAGCUACAUGAAGUGUUCCGAAAUGUUCUAAACGUUUACAAGCAAAUUAUCCCGCAAUUUGACAACUUUAUUGGCCAGCUGCAACCUCAAGACCAGCAGGCUUUGAAGACUCAAUAUGCGAUAUGA